CAAAUUUUUUGACAGCGGCAGCAGAGAAAAUUUAAUUUGUUCAAGUUCUCUGGCAGCAACUUCGAAGAAAACUGCACGCUUCUCAUUGAAAAUCUGCACCGGCUUGGGCAGAAGUGUGCGCACCCACGGCAUCGUGUUUUCUACCGCUGGCCAAUGCUGUAUUUGCAAGUCGCGCCUUUUAAUAUCGAGAUAUUCAUGCAUAAAAAUAUACAAAGCUAUUCGAGACGAUUUUUUAGAAGCGAAUUGGAAAAUUAAUAUAAGAUUAUUUUGCUGCAUACUAAAAAUUGCAUAUUCGGGCAUGAACCGAAGGAAUUAAAAUGGCGCGCAGUUAGUUCAUUCACAUUGAAGUUCGAAAUUAUCCGAGAAGCAGGCGAAUUAAUUGGUCCGUUUAGCGUAGUCGAAUUGGUGGCGCAUUUUCAGUCAGUCUAGAAUUUGUGUUUUAAGCCGAAAUCAUAAAAAAAGUGGCAAAUAUCCAACUAUCGAACCAGAGAACCGAAGAAUAUACGCAGCAUGUCUUCAACUGCGAAUUCGCCAGCAACGAACUCGUUUUCGGAUGACGAGCAGAGCCGCUCCAAAUGGCAUAUGCAACUAAAUGCGGACACACCAUCGCCAAAUUCAACCACGACCACACCCAUAUCCACACCUACUUCGCUGCAUUCUUUUUCGGCCAGUCUACAACCAGCUGAUGCCGGUGGCAGUGCAAGCGGUGGUGGGGGCAGCGGUUGUGCACCCAAACGUAAAAGUGCCUUUCUUCCGUAUCGCCCACAUGCCACUGUGCUUACGAAUUUGCAACGCGGCAAUACUGAAGCAACCUUUUGUCCAGUGGAAGUCACAUUGUCAUUUCAUGAGCGUGCCGGUCAAGGUGAGAUCACCGAUGAUCAAGUGCGCCUAGAACUCGAGCGCAACGCUAAUAUCAUUGAUUUUAAAGAUGCAACUGGUUUCACUGCUCUGCAUUGGGCUGCUUAUUAUGGUCAGUUGGCUGCAGUUCGUUUGCUAGUGGAUGCUGGUGCUAACGUGAAUGCAGGGGCACCCGAAAUGGUCACUCCACUACUGCUUGCUGCUUGUGGUGGUCACAAUGAGGUUGUACGCUUGUUGCUGGAGCACGGUGCUAGCUCGACGCACAUGGAUAUUGUAGGCAAUACAGCAUUAAUGUAUGCUGCAGCAGGAAAUCAUCCACAUACGUGCAAUGAAUUAUUAGCUAAGGAUCCGGAUAUGACGGCAUCGAAUGAAAAUGGUGAUACGGCGUACUCGCUGGCUGUAGAGAAUGGUGCAGUCCUAGCGCAGGCAGUACUGGAGCAGUACUUGAGUGCUCUGCUGUUGCUGUAAAACAUGAGAAGGCAACUACAUACUUAAGUGGAAAUAUGUUACUCUUUAACGGUAAGUUUUGAAACCUUAAAAUGCAAUGUUAUAUAUACACGUUUGGCUGUACGCUUUCAUAACUAACGUAACUUUUAAUAUGAAAUCAGAGUUACAACUUUUUCAAUAAUAGACACUCCAGAAUCAAGUUUUAGUUAAAAGAGACAGAAACUGACUCGUCUCUAGACAUACAUCGCACGUUUAAUAAUAUAGAGAUGCAACUUAAAAUUUACGUUUUUGGAGAUUUCAUUAUGCAAUUUAUAGGCUUGGUAAGUAGAAUAUGUUCA